UACAUCGGAGAAAUGCCACCCCGGCUACAGCGUUUCUUUGUUCGCCUUCUAAAAUACAAUUAUGACUUGCAGUUCGUUCCUGGAAAGGACCUGCUCCUGGCUGACAUGCUCUCCCGUGCGCCCUCCCUUUCACCAAACCCGGAAGCAAUGGAGGACAUCGAGGUCCAUGCAGUUCGUCUAGUCUCGUGCAUGGGACGGCGCCUGCGCACCAACGUUCCGGAAUACAGCACUGAGCUGGGAUGCCCAAUAGUCAAGCAUCAACAGCGGGCCACGGGCAAAACGCUGCACGCUUUGCAGCAAGGAGACACGGUACGCAUACUGGAUGACAACUGGUCACGUAAGGCAAGAGUGCUUCAAGAAGCGGCUCCCCGGUCCCGCAUCGUGGAGACGGAGGAUGGAAGGCUUCUAAGGAGGAACAGACAACACCUGCUGCAAACGCGGGAAAAAUACCGCAGGGUAGACGAAGAUGACGACAGCAACGCUGAAAAUAGUAGCUUACAAAACGAAAGACCGGAGCCUCCAGAACAAGGCCAAAGUGCACCCGGGUUAACUGGUGAUCCGCAAGCCAACAUACAGGUCUUCCCCAAAGUGGAGACAUCGGAAGCAGAGCCCCGCAGGUCGACCCGUCAGCGCAACAAGCCUCAACGGCUGCAAUACGAAGCGAAUUUCCGUCAAGUCUCCUAGAUUUUUUUUUCGUGCCUUGUGGUCAUAAAGUCCUUCUUUUUUUUUUUCUCGUUAAGGGAAAGAUGUAUCAUACUUGGCCACCACGGAAGCAGACGAGCUGAUAGCAGCGCAUCCUUCUUUCCCCUAACCACUUCUGCGCAUGCGGCACCCUCGCACACGAAGAUAUAAAAGCAACCACAAUAAAGAGACAGCCAGUUUUUCGAUGCUCAACCACUGUGUGUGUCGACUUGCUCAGAGGCGCACGAUACAAAAGGUGUCUUUGCGAUUGCCGGCGUAAAAGCGCAUCACAAUGUACUUUGGUUAUACAUGCGGCGUGAAAGUAUUGUCGUGUCAU